GCCCUCUUUGUUCAUCCUUAGACUUAGAAUCUUUGAGCAUUGGGGAUAUAAUUUUACCAAGCCAAUUGGAAGGUAACAGAGCAAAUCCUUAUCAGGAACCUAACUCAUGGUUCUGAGAGUCCUUCGUCCUUUACAUGAAACAUUAUAUUCAAGAACAAAAACACAGUUCAGAGUGCCCAAAGAGUUAAUGGCCGCAGCUUAUAUUCCAGGCAGCAUAGAAUCAAGACUGUCACACUGCUGGCUGUCGCACACACAGGGCAGAAGAUCCUAUGGGAGUGGCAGUCACAAGAUUUGUGGCAAUGGCUUUAGUCUUCAGAACGGCAAUGCAAUCUGUUGGACUUUUAUCCUCGUUUCUAGGAUGGGUUUUGUCCAUUAUGACAACUUAUCUGCCACACUGGAAGAACCUCAACCUGGACCUAAAUGAGAUGGAAAACUGGACCAUGGGACUCUGGCAAACUUGUGUGAUCCAAGAGGAAGUGGGGAGGCAGUGCAAGGACUUUGAUUCCUUCCUGGCGUUGCCUGCAGAGCUCAGGAUCGCCCGGGUCUGCAUGUUCCUGUCCAACGGGCUGGGCCUCCUGGGCGUGCUGCUGUCGGGCUUGGGCCUGGACUGCCUGCGCAUUGGGGAGACACGGCACCAUCUUAAGAAGCGACUGCUCCUCCUGGGAGGAGCUCUGCUUUGGACAGCGGGCAUCACGGCCCUGGUCCCGGUGUCGUGGGUGGCCCACGUGACAGUGCGCGAGUUCUGGGAUGAGAGCAUCCCUGAGAUAGUCCCUCGCUGGGAGUUUGGGGAGGCCCUGUUUGUGGGCUGGUUUGCCGGGUUUUCGCUCCUUGUGGGAGGGUGUCUGCUUCACUGUGUGGCCUGCUCAGUGCCAGCUCCUCCAGCCUCGGGCCACUAUGCGGUGGCAGAAAUGCAGCAGACUCAGUGUCCACAUCUGGAAGAUGGACCUGCAGAUCCCAAAGUAUAAGCCGUGGGCAAGACCACAGACAUGUGCUUCAUUAGCUAUGAUGACCAAGAGGUGUCUGUUGCAGCUCGCAUUCUCUCACCUAAUGACCAGCUCUCUGUAAUAGAAUCCCCUCCUCUCCAAGCUGGAGACUAAUUUAGGUCUUACAUCUAAAAGUAUUAUGGUAAGCCUUACAUAGGUAUGAGUGGAAAAAAUCUGCACUGAUCUGGUUACUGAAUCCACGUGGGGGGUGUAUCUAUGGUAGUCUUAACCUUUAAUGU